AUGAAAGCAACAUGGGAUGACACGAGUUCAAGCAAAAUGGAAGAUGAGACAAGCGGGCAAGAAAUAGCUAACAUGUGCUUCAUGGCACAUAAUGAAGAGAAGCUAGAUUUGGUUGAAAUCUCAGAGGUGUAUAGCUUUGAGGGAUCUAUUGCUUUUGAUACUGCUGUUGAGGAGCUGCAACUGAGUGAUAUAGUAGCUGCGGAGGUGGUGCAUAAGAUUGAGGAAAUUGCUGAAACUGAGGAUGUAUCUUCACUUCACACUACCUGUUCUUCACUUGAUCAGCGCCUCACUCGUAUUGAGAAGUAUCAUGAUAGCUCAUCUCGUUGUGUUGAUACUAUGGACACUAGUUCUACUCCUUCGAGUGAUAAUGAAGAAUCUGAGGAAGGCAGUGAGGAAGGUGAUGAAGAGGAAGGUGACGAAGAAGAAGCUAAAGAGGAAGAUGAUGAUGAUGCUGAUAACUGA